AUGACGGAACCGUCUACUUCGGCCUACGCAGAGUGUAAAGACUACGUGGCAGUCGCUCAGCUUGUCGAGCCGGUUCCCGUUCCGGCACACCGAUCCCACGACCCCGCCAACAAUCAGAAACGAACUGACCCGUUCCAAUUUGGCUCUCGUUUUCUAGAAGAAGGCGACGAUGUCUUUGAAUUCAACGCCUGGGAUCAUGUCGAUGCAGACCCAGAAUACUACGAAUAUGCCGAAUUACAGUAUGCAAGACAGCGCGCAUCUCCCGUUUCCGAUUUCGACCGCCAUCGGUUUAAUUCUCAGCCUGCAAAGUGGUGGAAUCUGUUCUACAAGAAUAAUACAAGCAAUUUUUUUAAGAACCGCAAGUGGCUGAAGCAGGAAUUCCCGAUUUUGGGCGAAGUGACCGCUGCAGAUGCGGGUCCAAAGGUGGUGCUUGAAGUCGGAGCGGGAGCGGGCAACACUGCUUUCCCGGUUUUAAUGAAUAAUGAGAACGACAAGUUGAUGGUUCAUGCGUGCGAUUACUCCUCAGCUGCUGUUAAUGUUAUGCGGAAGAGUGAAAAUUACAACGAGAAGCAUAUGCAGGCAGAUGUGUGGGAUGUCACAGCCACCGGCGAAGGCUCUCUUCCUCCAGGUCUCGAAAAAGAAUCUGUGGACGUUGUUGUUAUGGUCUUCAUAUUUUCUGCGUUGGCCCCGGCAGAGUGGGAACGUGCAGUCUCGAAUAUAUAUCAGGUCUUGAAGCCGGGAGGCUAUGUCCUAUUUCGAGAUUACGGCAGGGGUGACCUUGCCCAAGUGCGAUUUAAAAAGGGUCGAUGGAUGGACGACAAUUUUUAUGUUAGAGGGGAUGGCACGAGGGUAUAUUUUUUCGAGAAGGACGAAGUAUCCCAUAUUUGGGGCAAAUGGACCCCCCAUGGAGGUAUACCGGAGUUUAAGACAGGCGAUGGCGAGAGCACUACAGCUAUUGAUAGUAGCUCAUCCGAUACCGGGUUCGAAAUUCUCAAUAUGGAUCUUGACCGCCGAUUAAUUGUCAACCGCCAAAGGAAGCUGAAGAUGCAUCGUUGUUGGCUACAAGGCCGGUUCAGGAAGCGGAUACCUCCUUCGCCUUCUAACGAAGGUGCAACCGCACUUGAAGAAGCAAGUGAAGCUAAAAAUUAA